UUAAUAUUCAUCAACAAUAUAUAACCAUUUAAAUUUCUAAGGUUUCAUCAUGACGGAAAGCGUACAAAGAAGCUCGGAGUCGGUGAUCCCCCUGAUAAAGUCUGAACCCCUCCUUAAAGGAGCAGAUAACUCAGUGACUUACAACAUCGAGGGUCUGCUCGGCUUCAAGGAGUUCAACAGCCGUCCCGAUAUCUUCACUGAGAUGAAGAGAGAGAACAACCAGCAGCAGGAGGCAGUGCACCCCUACCUGACCCAGACAAAACACGAUAACAAGAUCAUGCUCCACAGCUCCCACCACCGCCUCGGCAGCCCUGUCAAAUCAGAUAGCGGUGAGAGUGGUAUGUCCCCUGGUACAGAUUCAGACGGCAAACAGAGAAAGUGGAGGAACAGACACACUUUCACCCAGGCUCAACUUGAUGAGUUAGAACAAGUCUUUGCGACUACCCACUACCCCGACAUCUUCACCAGAGAAGAACUUGCUAACAAACACAAACUCACAGAAGCCCGAGUCCAGGUGUGGUUCCAAAAUCGUCGAGCUAAACAUCGGAAGAACGAGAAAGCGAAGACAGCAGCGGAGAACCUGAUCAACAGUAAUCUGAUGAGCAACAUCGGUAACAUCGCCCUUCAGAGCGCAGCUGGAGCACUACUUCACCCACACAUCAGGGCGGCAGCACUACAAGCCCUGAUGAUGUCACCAACAAUGUCACCCACCACCCCGCCCAUCCUACCAGGCGACUUAUCGUUCCUACAAGCGAUGGCCCAGCUGCAGUCAAUGCAGGGUCUCCAGUCUAUGGGAGGGUUCCGGGCCCCAGUUACCACGACAACCUGCAGCGCGGGUGGAUCACCCCUCGUUUCACCUCUCACUUCUACCCCAUCUCUUACUGCCUCCCCCGUCACUCUUCCGUCACCGGCCACAGAAAUCAACGUGAUUGACACGAACUCAGCGAAGUCCGUGGAAAGUCAGAAAAGCAUUGAAAUGCUACGAAACAAAGCAAAAGAGUACGCUUCCGCCAACGCGAUGGGCGUAAAGUCUUGAGAAAAUAACUUUGCAAAGGAGCAGGACUCUUAUUAUUGGAGUAGGCUUGUAUCAUUUAGUGGUGAGAGUUUUGAGAAGCUACAAGGUUAACGAAAUUAAGAUCAUGUUGUCCAGCUGCGGUUCAUGAUAUUUUAUUCAGAGUAAAAGUUCAGCUUGGAAGGCUGGAGACCAAUUCAAGUAUAUUUGAGUUUUUUUUGUUUUGUUAAUAAGGAUGGAACAUGGUGAAGAGCUUCUUGUAAAUUUCUUAGAAACACAGUUACCCCACUAUUAGUUUAAUAGAUCUUGGAAGUGUUGGGGUUGGAUGAUGAAACUGUAGUUUUAGAGGAUUGAAAUCCGGGUAUUGAUGGUAUGGGUUGUUGCAAACUUUUGAUUUUCCAGUGACAGUACUUUUUUGACUAGCUAAAUAAUGUAGCUGACUGAAUUUAAAAGACCAACAGACCGCUGUGAAUAUUUUACAAAAACAUUAGUAUAACACGUAGUAAUCACUGAUGUUUUGAUUUCGGUUGGUAGGUUACAUAUGUAUUAUACUCCAGUACCGAGUAUUGGUUUAGGGUUGAAAAGGUUAGUAACUUAGUUACCACAACUACAUGGGUAGUUUCCAAGUAACUGGGUUAGUGACCUCCUAAUUAAACUGGUUAGUUACUUAGUAACCCAGUUAAAUAUCUGGUUAGUUACUUAGUAACCCAGUUAAAUAUCUGGUUAGUUACUUAGUAACACAGUUAACUAUCUGGUUAGUAACUUAGUAACCCAGUUAACUAUCUAGUUAGUUACUUAGUAACCCAGUUAACUAUCUGGUUAGUUACUUAGUAACCUUGCUACGUUUGCUGCAGUUCGCUGGUUCCGGACCAAGGCUAUUUAGUUGCCGGUUUUAAAGUUUAUUAGGUUGAAUAUUUCGUGUUGUUGAGAUUACAAAUCGGAGCUGUUGCUGAGGUCCUUAUUCAUUAUUGACCAUGUACCUUCCUUUAAAGUUCAUGGCUUGAUGGACCAAUCUUUUUGCACUCCGAAGAAAACAUCUCUUUAUAAUUUUGGCAUGGAAGGAGCAGUGUAUGAAAUUUAACGGGUUAAACUAGUAGUGUAAUUUGUGAGUAAGUUCUCAGCAUUCGUACUGCAUUUGUAAAUAGAAAGUUUAGCAGUCUUGUAUGUUUUUAAAAACUGCUUUAUCCUUGGGUCAAGCGUUACAGAAUUUGUUAAAAUAUCCGAAGUAUUACUUUAUCUGCAAUUUGCGGUGCACAUAAUUUUUAGUCAUGUGAAACUCCAAAAAACUUCAAAAAGUAGGUGUAUGCUAUUAUAGUAUACUAUAGUAUACUAUGUUCUUAUAGUAGCAUAGAAUGAUAUACUAUAAUACGACUAGUAAACUAUAAUAUACUAUAAUAUAUACUAUAGUAUAUGCUUAUUUCCUAAAAUGUUUGAUCUUAAGUCUUUGGGUUAUAUCUGUUGAUAAUAUACUUGUGUGGAAGCUAGUUUGUUCUUUUGGUUGUUUAGUUAUCCUGAUUUCUUAGAUUAAAUCGUUCAUUUUUAUGUUGCUUUUCGACGAUAUAUUUAUUGUAGUGAUUUGAUUAUUUGUGAUUCCAUACCGAUCAAAUUAGUGUUUUACUUC